GCCGUACAGUGAUCACGAUUAGUGAUUAAUGGAUUCUCCAAGAAUUGGCCGAUCAGCUUCACUAUAUUGAAACUACGGUAUGUCUCAGCUAAAGUCAAGGGCGACAAUAUUCGCUUGGUCCGUGUUGCACAAGAGCGACGACACGUUUGUCACUGUGGUACUUAACGAGGCACUCUUACAUUCAUCCCGCAUGAUCUACUAGUUCCGUAUGUCACGACGUCCAUCAGCGGCUAUCAAACAUGCGGGGAACAUGACGUGGCUUCGUCCUCACAACGAAUAAAUAGCGCUCCUUUGCCCUCCAUCUUCUCUUCGUUGACCCAUAAUAGCUCGUGCAAAUCAUGGUCCUCCCCUCCUGGUUCAGCAAGCCGGUCCCCAGAGACGAUGGUGCUGUCUUUCCGGCAAUACCUUUGUACCUCUCUCCAUACUAUGAUCCGGCGCGACAAUAUCCACGGAACGGUCGCGUGGCGCAUACUCCUUCCCCUCUCCGACAGGCAAUUGGACCAUCGCAGGCUGAGGAGGACUCUGAACAACCAAAACUCGUCAUACGCAUCCCUCCUCUCAGGUCGCAAAUAAAGGAUGAAGUACCGAACACAUGUUCAUUCGCGACCCAGAACAAGCGUCGAAAGUCAGAAAAUCCCAAUGGUACUGACGCGGCACUGGAUGUCACUGCUUGCCGGCUGGUUCGACGGCGACUGGCUGGAAGUUUACCUGAAAGUGAUGAAGAGGACCGGGCCUCUGCUGCAAGCUGGCCUUUACAUACGGACAGCAAAUGCCACUUGUCAGCAUCGCUCCUUACCGAGCUGCUGGACGCCACAGCAAACAUAGCAAGCAUGCCAAAUGGGACGUCUUCCGACGGCUGCCAAAAAGCGCGUGCAGAUGCAAGUUUUGUGCCACACGUAGGUGGUAUUGAACAGUUUUUGGAAGAGGCCACGGCAUGGAAGGCAGAAACGGCAGCCAUCUUGGCUCAUCAGUAACUGAAUGGAUGGUACCAAUAUGGAAUAUUCCAUUGUCCCAAUGACUUCGGCUCUUCGGUCUUGUUCAUGCUAUUGUAGUAGUAGCGCGGUUACCAGGGGGAUGUGUAUGAUAUG